AGUUGAGACGUGCUUUGAUAAGUUAAUUUCUCCUUUGCUAGCAGUACUCAGGUUAGCAUGAUGAACAUCAUUAUUUUUUGGUUUUUUAAGUCCCACUGUAUUGGCGGAGUUGUUCAAGAUUAGUGUGGAUGCAGUAUUGCUCACAUGGUACACUGAAGGAAUUAAAAUAUGGGUAAAUUACAUUGUACCUCUGUGGUUUAGCACUUUUCCACAUAACCCUCCUAUGCUUUCAAAAGCUAUACAUAACCCCCUCAUCGUUUGGAUUAAAGUGUCAAAGUGACAAAAAUAGUCCUCUAUAAUGGAACCAAUUGAAAUGUCGAAAUUAUCCUCAUUUAGAAACUAAAAUGAGUGAAGUGGUCAAGAUAUAUAAACAUAGUGUGGAUGACACUUUAGCCCCUUAUGGUUUAGUGUUUUUCCACAUAAACCCUUUAUGGUUUUUGAAAUCUAUACGUUACCCCCCAUGUGGUUAACAAAUAAUUUCCAUCUUAACAUAGGGGUAUUUUUGACAUUUUAGUUGACUCCAUUAUGGAAUUCAAAUUCCGUCACUUUGACACUUUAGUCCAAACCAUGGCGGCACUAAAUCACGGGGGGAUUAAAGUGUAACUUACCCUUAAAAUAUUUAACAAAGUUGCUCACAUGGAUUCUUUAUCUAUUGUUGAUUCCAUAAGUUUGGCAAGCUGAGGCUACUUAUUCCUAAGUUGGCUUCUUGAGUGGCAAGAUACUGCCUAUUUGACAAAUUUAAUGUGCUGACUAUUCUUGUUUAGGUAUAUUGAUUUGUCUUUUAGCUACUCAGAAGCGAGUCAAACCACUGUGAAAGUAAAAAGUGAGGAUAGUUUAGAUUGAUUUUAAACCUUUCGUGUUGCUGCUGAUACAGUACUUAACUGAGCAAUGACUUCUCUUAAAUAUCUUAAAGAAAUUAGUACACAUCCAUCCAUAUGGAUUUAUCUCUUCGCAAAACUAUUUGACAUGGCAUUUUUCUUCCAAAUUUGCAUCUAUUAGCUAAAUUUCUACUAUGUUCAGUACCGAUGCUUGUAGUACUGCUUGGGUGUUUAUUACGUUUGGAAGAAGUUCUGUCUCUGUAUAUUGUAAACGUUAGGUACCAGAGAUUCUGCCUUACUACCCAUGGUUCAACAUGCGCAUUUUGUGAGGCUAUACUGCGAGAGUGUGGGUUCAGAACUGGACUUUUUACUUCUCCACACUUGAUUGAUGUUAGAGAGAGAUUCCGUAUCAACGGGUUGGACAUCACAGAAGAUAAAUUUCUAUUGCAUUUUUGGGAUUGCUGGCACCGACUAAAGCUUGACCUGCAGGAAAACCUUACAGAGGAUUUGCCCAUGCCUCCAUUGUUCCAAUUCCUCACGGUUAUGGCAUUUAAGAUUUUUGUAGAAGAAAAGGUGGAUGUUGCUAUUAUUGAAGUUGGUCUUGGAGGGAAGAAGGAUUCGACAAAUGUGAUCAAGGAACCUGUUGUCUGUGGCAUUGCUUCUCUGGGUAUGGAUCACAUGGAAGCAUUGGGAGAUACACUUGCUGAGAUUGCAUCUCAUAAGGCAGGAAUUUUCAAGCCUCAAGUCCCUGCAUUCACUGUACCACAACGCUCUGAGGCAAUGGAUGUUCUUAGUGAGAGGGCCAAUGAACUGAUGAUUCCUCUGGAAGUUGUUGCACCAAUUGAUUGCAAAUGGUUAGAUGGAAUAAAGCUAAGCUUGUCUGGUGAUCACCAGUAUUCCAAUGCUGCACUUGCUGCCUCUCUUUGUAAAAGCUGGAUUCGAAGUACAGGAAACUGGGAAAAGCUGUUCCAACAUGACGACAAAGACAGUUUACCAGAGCCAUUUAUAAGGGGUCUUUCAACUGCACGCCUCUUUGGAAGGGCUCAGAUUGUUCAUGACUCUUCUUCAAACUCUUCUACUGUGUCCAUGGUGAAUGGAGCAGCUUCAGGAGACCUGACCUUCUACUUAGAUGGAGCUCACAGUCCUGAAAGCUUGGAAGCCUGUGGGAGAUGGUUUGCCACUGUUGUGAAAGAUGACAAGAAUUUAUUACCUCUAGAUUCCUGUCUCAAGACUGGAAUUGGGGAGGAAGUCUCUGAAAACGGUUUCGUGUAUACUGGAAGCAAAGAAUCAAACAAGAUAUCAAAGCGGAUUCUUUUGUUCAAUUGCAUGGAUGUGAGAGAUCCUCAGAUUCUUCUACCACAGCUUGUGAAUACCUGUGCUACCUUAGGCACACAUUUCUCAAAAGCCAUUUUUGUCCCAAAUAUCUCAACAUAUAACAAGGUCACUUCUGGUGCCUCAGCUGUUCCCUUUCAUUUACCUGCAAAGGACUUGACAUGGCAAUUUAACCUUCAGAGAAUAUGGGAAAAAAUUUUACAUGGAAAAGGUUUUCCUGAGAAGCCUCUUAAGAAGGAAAAUCCUGCUUGUUUUCCACCAAAUAAUUUCCUUUAUGAGGAUAUUUCUCAUUGCAAACCUGCAGAUGGAAAUUUUGCAUGCAGUACGGUGGUUUCUUCACUGCCACAGACAAUAAAGUGGUUGAGGGACUGUGUUAAAGAAAAUCCACGUCUUAGGAUUCAGGUUCUUGUCACUGGUUCACUUCAUUUGGUUGGAGACGUAUUAAAGCUAAUAAACAGGUGACUUUAACUCAGUAAUGGGAAGCAUUUCAGUAUGAGAAUAUUCAAAAGAUUCAUUUUGCUCCAUGACAAAAAUCUCUUGAUUUGUGAGAAGCAACAUAUUUGUUUUCAACAGAAGCAGAGGAUUAUGAUUAGUGACCACGUUUUUAGAGGUUACUUUUCUUGUUUCAUUGGUAACUAUUCAAGUUGUAUUUGUUCAAGAAACCUUGACGAAAGUAUCAGUACAUUCUUGGCUGGCAGUGUAUUGAUUGUUGAACCAUGCAUGGGAUUAGAGAGCUAAAGGAUCAAACAACUUAUGCUACUUCCAUAAGUUUGCUGAA